CCUUCUCUCUCUCUCUCUCUCGUCGUCGUGUCCCCGUCCCGUUCCGUCGCUGGCUGCUGUUGUUGGUGGUGUUGCUCGGCUGCCUCCGCUGCCUGAGACGAGAGCGAGGCGGAGAGGGAGGGGGACAGGGCGGCCGGCCGGCGGCGGCGGCUGAUUCUGCUCGAGAUCGAGCAGGAGGAGCUGCUCCUGAAUUUGCUGCUGCUGGUGGUGGUGGUGCCAGAUCUGCCUUCCUCUCCCGCGGCAGCGCCAUCUUCUGCGGGCGGGAGCCAUGCGGGUGCUGCCGGCGUCCUGGUCCUCCUCAUCCGCCAAGGCCACCACCACCAGCAGCAACACCACCGAGGGCGAGGAGCCUCCUCGUCCUCCUACGGUGGGGGCGGCCGCGGUGUACCUCAACAUCUACGACAUCUCCCCUCUCAACCACUACCUCUACUGGUUCGGGCUCGGCAUCUUCCACUCGGGGAUCGAAGUGCAUGGCAUGGAGUAUGGCUUUGGAGCUCACGAAUACCCAACCAGCGGAGUCUUCCAAGUAGAACCCAAAAGCUGUCCUGGCUUUAUCUUCAGACGCUCAGUGUGCGUCGGCACAACUGAUUUGUCCCGUUCGCAAGUCCGCACCUGCAUAGAGGAUCUCGCAGAGGAUUACCAUGGAGACACUUAUCAUUUGAUUGUCAAGAACUGCAAUCAUUUUACGGCUGAUGCCUGCCAGCGUCUGACUGGGAAGCCAGUGCCUGGAUGGGUCAAUCGACUCGCCAGAUUAGGUUCCUUCUUCAAUUGCGUAUUGCCCGAGAGCAUCAAGGUUUCAGCAGUCACAAAUGCAAAUGGGCAUCCUGAUUUUUCUGAUGAUGGCUUGGGGUCUAACGCGUCGAUCGUUGAGGGAAGCGAUGAAGAUGACUUAGACCAACUUCUAAGAACACCAAACAGCGACGUUGUAUCUUCAAGAGACAAGACAUUAACUCCUGGCAGGGAUAGCUUCUAAUUGACUUCCUCUAUUCUCUGUUGAUAGCAAGCAUUGCCUUCUGGGUUGUCUGCUGAGGAUCAGAGGCAGGUGCUUUGGUGGUGAUCGCCUGCUGUCAAAGCUUCAGACCUUAUUGAUUGAUUGGUUGAUGUUGCUGUUAUCAGUUCAUGUAGUAGAUAUAGUAGGGUAUAAUGUGAUGAUAUUGUGUUUGUGAUAUCUUGUGGCGAAGGCCAAGUUAACCAGCAUAUCAUGUGUUGUGCGCGUGUGGGGUAUAUGCUGUAGUAACUUAGUGAGAAUGGUGUGGCAUACUGUCUUGAGUAGUGAGGUCAUCCCUUUUCUUUGACUUUGUACGGUGAUGGUGUGUGUGAGUGAUUUCUUGUGUACAAAAAUUAGUUGAUGGAGGUUGAAAUGGUUUUCCAGAUGUGUUUAUAUCUACUUACUUGUGUA